GCAAGGAGUCAUCAUGUCCGGUAGUCCUGGGGCAUGGUCCUAGGGCUCAGGUCCUCCAAGAGAGAGAAAGAAAGAGAGAAGGAGAGAAUUAGAGAACGCACACUUAGAUUCACACAGGACACCGAAUAGGACAGGAGAAGUACUCCAGAUAUAACAAACUGACCCUAGCCCCCCGACACAUAAACUACUGCAGCAUAAAUACUGGAGGCUGAGACAGGAGGGGUCAGGAGACACUGUGGCCCCACCCGAGGAUACCCCCGGAAAGGGCCAAACAGGAAGGAUAUAACCCCACCCACUUUGCCAAAGCACAGCCCCCACACCACUAGAGGGAUAUCUUCUACCCACUCCUGGGCCAGACUACACUCAAUCAUGUGACCCACUGAAGAGAUGAGUCUUUAGUAAAGACUUAAAGGUUGAGACCGAGUUUGCGUCUCUUACAUGGGUAGGCAGACCAUUCCAUAAAAAUGGAGCUCUAUAGGAGAAAGCCCUGCCUCCAGCUGUUUGCUUAGAAAUUCUAGGGACAAUUAGGAGGCCUGCGUCUUGUGACCGUAGCGUACGUGUAGGUAUGUACGGCAGGACCAAAUCAGAGAGAUAGGCAGGAGCAAGCACAUGUAAUGCUUUGUAGGCUACUGGAGUAAUAUGAUCAAAUGUUUUGGUUCUAGUCAGGAUUCUAGCAGCCGUAUUUAGCACUAACUGAAGUUUAUUCAGUGCUUUAUCCGGGUAGCCGGAAAGUAGAGCAUUGCAGUAGUCUAACCUAGAAGUGACAAAAGCAUGGAUUAAUUUUUAUGCAUCAUUUUUGGACAGAAAGUUUGUGAUUUUUGCAAUGUUACGUAGAUGGAAAAAAGCUGUCCUUGAAAUGGUCUUGAUAUGUUCUUCAAAAGAGAGAUCAGGGUCCAGAGUAACGCUGAGGUCCUUCACAGUUUUAUUUGAGACGACUGUACAAUCAUUAAGAUUAAUUGUCAGAUUCAACAGAAGAUCUCUUUGUUUCUUGGGACCUAGAACAAGCAUCUCUGUUUUGUCCGAGUUUAAAAGUAGACAUUUUGCAGACAUCCACUUCCUUAUGUCUGAAACAUGCUUCUAGCGAGGGAAGCCAUUUCUAGUGGCUUCUCCAUUCUCCUAUCACUUGAAGGGGCUGAAUAAGGGGACAGGGUGGAAGUUGAUUAUCUCUAUCAAGCAAAGGGGCCAUCAGUCUUUCCAGUCAGUGUAGCGGUCCCUGGAGUGCAAUAACCGCAUGCGCAGUGCCAUCAGUCUCGUCGUGGAUCCUGAAGAUCGAAAACAGAGAAGAUGAGCCUGAGCACCCAGCACGGAACUCAUGCCUGAUUUCCGCUUGCAUUUUGUAGUUUUUGCCUAAUUCGGGGUUGAUGUCGAAUUGUCCAGCAGUGUUGGAGAUCAACAGCUAUAACGGCAGAAUACGGUAAUUUAGAGGUGUUGGGCAUCACAUUGCACCGGAUGUCAUUACACGCACCUACAUCUCGAGAAGCAUAAGCAGGACCAAAUCAAGACGCAGUCAUGGAAGCUCUCACCCACUUUAUGAAUGACACGGUAGAGUUCUACAGAUGGAGCCUUACUAUAGCAGACAAGCGGGUGGAGAAAUGGCCAAUGAUGUCAUCGCCCGCCCCCACCCUGGCCAUCAGCUGCCUGUACCUGCUCUUCCUGUGGGCGGGGCCUAAGUACAUGCAGAAUCGCGAGCCUUUCCAGCUAAGGAAGACCCUCAUAGUGUACAACUUCAGUAUGGUGAUACUCAACUUUUACAUCGCCAAAGAGCUCCUCCUGGGUGCGAGAGCAGCGGGAUACAGCUACCUAUGUCAACCUGUCAGCUAUUCCAACGACGUCAACGAAGUCAGGAUAGCGUCGGCUCUGUGGUGGUACUACAUCUCUAAGGGAGUGGAGUAUCUGGACACAGUGUUCUUCAUCCUGAGGAAGAAGAUCAACCAGGUCAGCUUCCUCCAUGUCUACCAUCACUGCACCAUGUUCAUCCUCUGGUGGAUCGGAAUCAAGUGGGUCCCUGGAGGACAAUCGUUCUUCGGAGCAGGAAUAAACUCAUCCAUCCAUGUCCUGAUGUAUGGGUACUAUGGCCUGGCCGCUUUCGGACCCAAGAUCCAGAAAUUCCUCUGGUGGAAGAAAUACUUGACCAUUAUUCAGAUGAUCCAGUUCCACGUGACCAUUGGCCAUGCCGGCCACUCCCUCUACACUGGCUGCCCAUUCCCUGCCUGGAUGCAGUGGGCCCUGAUUGGCUACGCCGUCACCUUCAUCAUUCUAUUCGGCAACUUUUACUACCAGACCUACCGACGCACCCCACGUUCUGCCCACAAGGCGGCCAAGCCCGUCACUAACGGUGUCUCCAUGACAACCAACGGCUACAACAAGCUACAGGAGGUAGAGGAAAAUGGGCAGAAGCAGCAGAAAAAGGAAAGAGCGAAAAGGGAGUAAGGAGAAGGUGGAGAGGAUGGAGGAAGCCUCUGUCAGACCAACACGAGGACCGUGGGGUGAAAAGGCAGAGGAGAUAGGGGGGUUCAGGGGUGAAAGUUCAAAAGUCAAAUGGGAUUCCACCACACCACUGCCCCUGCAGGAUGUUUUGAGGAUGUGAUUUGUGACCAAUUUGUGUGUGUGUGUGGGGGGGGUGAUUUGGUGAGGUUUGUAUUCUGGGAUUUGGUAAGGUUUGGGUAUGGAGGGAUGGGGGUAGGAGAGGAGAGUGUUGGUUGUCUUUUUACAACGAAAGAAGAUCGCUGCUCUUCAUGUAGAGUCUGUGCUCUGUCUCCUUACUUUGGGGUCCUGGUCAAAGACAAGACCUUAAAAAGACCACAACACAACCACAGGGACUCCCAAACUGCUCAGCAGCUGCAACGUUUCCAACCAAAACUCCACCACCAUUUUGUACUUUUCUUUGUUUAACUCAAUGCUGAUGUAGUGAUGCAAAUGCUUAUUUAUUUUUGUAGCAUUGUAAAUGGUAUUUUACGUAUUAAAUUAUUUCAAUUGAAGAAUCUUCCAGAAACGUAUACCAAAGAGGAUUUAUAUUUCAUUGCGUGAUGAGUAAGGGAACUACUGGGGGAGCAUUAUUGAGGAAUAAAUAGUUGUUUUACAGUACAGGGGCUGUUCUCAAUUCUAUUUGUGGCAGUAUUACUUGUCUACGUGGAACACACAGACUAGCUGCAAGCCCUCUCUGCCAUACAGACCUGCCCUAAAGUACAUAAUAAACACAUACACGAACACAAUAAUUCAGACCCCUUGACUUUUUUCACAUUUAUUUACAUUUACAGCCUAAUACUAAACUUGAUAAAAUACAUUUUCCCUCACCAAUCUACACACAAUACUCCAUAACGACAAAGUACAUUUUAUUUUUUUAAACAUUAUUCAAAUGUACUAAAAAUAGAAAACAGAAAUACCUUAUUUACUAAGUAUUCAGACCCUUUGCUAUGAGACUAAAUUGAGCUCAGUUGCAUCCUGCUUCCAUUGAUCAUCCUUGAGAUGUUUCAACAACUUGAUUGGAGUCCACCUGUGGUAAAUUCAAUUGAUUGGACAUGAUUUGGAGUCUCUGAAUGUCCUUGAGUGGCCCAGCCAGGGCCCGGUCUUGAACCCGAUCGAACAUCUCUGUAGAGACCUGAAAAUAGCUGUGCAGCGACGCUCCCCAUCCAACCUGACAGUGAUUGAGAGGAUCUUCAGUGAAGAAUGGGAGAAACUCCCAAAAUACAGAUGUGCCAAGCUUGUAGCGUCAUACCCAAGAAGACUCAAGGCUGUAAUCACUGCCAAAGGUGCUUCAACAAAGUACUGAGUAAAGGGUCUGAAUACUUAUGUAAUUGUGAUAUUUAAGUUUUUUAUUUUUAAUAUAUAAAAAAAAAAUAUAUAUAUAUAAACCUGUAUUUGCUUUGUCAUUAUGGGGUAUUGUGUGUAGAUUGAUGAGGGGGGGAAACAAUUGAAUUCCUUUUAGAAUAAGGCUGUAACAUAACAAAAUGUGGAAAAAGGGGUCUGAAUACUUUCUGAAUGCAUUGUACCUGGCAUGUGUAUGUAUGUACAAGAGAGUGGAGGAAGUGCAUGUUUAGUGCAUGGUAUUAUAACUACAGGAGAUUGGGUGGGUAAUCAUCUGUGCAAGUUGUUAGUGUAUCAUUAUGAAGAUUGGGUAGCUACCAUACUGCACAUGCAAGUUGGCUGACCAAUACCUUUACUCCUAGACUGUUUAUCUAUUGUCUGUUGUCAAUUUAUAUGGUCUGUUGUGCAUUUAUAUGGUUAUCUUUUUUUGCUGUUGUGGAUCUUAAGGGUUUUCUGCAUAAUUUUCCUCUCUUUUUUUGCUGUGCAAUGUAGCUAUGGUGCAACUGGGAAACAUGUCUAACUCAAGAUGGGGAAAAUGAUACCUCAUCCCAAAGGGCUUUUAAAAAACGACAACAGUAUAUUCAUUAUUUUAUUUAAAUAAAACAGCUACUGGCUACAAUGGAAAUAAAGAGGAUGCCAACAC